AUGAAGGACAGCAGCAGCAGCAGCAGCAACAUCUCCUCGAGCAGCACAGCAGGCAUGCCACAAGCGGCAGCAGCAACAUCGAACAGCGGCGGCACGCCCAGUACGCCCAGCACACCCACAGCCGGACAUGCAGCGGCGGAGACAGCAGCCGCAGCAGCAGCCCAAGCAGCAGCCCAAGCAGCAGCCACGUCACAGCAGACGCCGCCACAGCCGCGUGGCAAGAGCAACAUUCACGAGUUGCGGAACCAGGACUAUGUGAGUCGCCUGAUGGCCGCCACGCCGCCGUAUCUGUACUCGGCACCGGUGGGGCCCAACAAUUUCUUCUUCAGCGAUAUGCUGCGCACCCUGGUGCAGGCACGCAACAACGAGACGGCACGCGUGUUGCAGCUGCAACAACAGCAGCAACAGCAGCAGCAACAGCAACAGCAGCAGCAGCAGCAACAGCAGCAGCAGGCGGCACUGGUACGGCGUCCCAGAAAGCGUUCCUGGUCGCAUCGUCCCUACUACGAGCAGCUGAGGGAACGACGCGAUGCAGAGGAGAAGCAACAGCAGCAGCAACAGCAGCAGCACCAGCAGCAGCAACAGUUGCAGCAGCAACAUCAGUCGCAGCAGCCACACCAGACGGUGGCGGAGAAGCCUCUGGAGCUGACCAACAAGACCAACUCCAUGACGCCCUAUGGCUAUGCGAAGCUGGAGGGCAAGUCGCCAACGGUGGCCUCAGCCUCCGCGCCACCAGCACCGCCCAGUGCUGCCAAAAACAGCCUCGGCGGAGCGGUGGACAGUUCGUUGCAGGAUAAUACACCGCCGGCGGCGUCGUUGCCGCCACAGGACUUGGUGCUGCCACCGCCACCGCCCGUGUGGUAUCCACCGCUGUACGCCCCCUACGGCAUUGAUCCGCUGCACUUCUUCAUCGAUCUGCGCGUCUCCGGGCACAUUUACGAUCGCAAGAAGGAGAAUGUCUCCCCAUUGUCCAGCAGCAACAAUGCACUGACAGCCAGCGGCGAGGACUCCUCCCCAGGGUCCAAUGCGGGCACAGGCACGGUGACUGGUUCCAGCUCCGGCUUGGCCAGCAAUCUGUUGAGCAAGCAGCGGCAUGGCUCCGCCUUCACUGUGCCCAUACCCAAGUCGGCCCAGAACGAUGCCAUCAAUCUGUGCUCCAACGGAUCCGGCGGCGGCAUGGCAGGCGCAGGCGCAGGCGCUGGAGCUGCAACUGGCGGAGCUGGAGCAGGCCUGGGCAAAUUCGAGCACUACGCCAAGUACUAUGAUCUCGGGGAGAGCAAGGAGAACCAGCCGGCGGCCUCGAGCACAGCGGCCAAUCUGUCAGCGGCCGCUGCCGCCGCUGCUGCUGCGGCGAAUCUGUCCAAGUCCGGUGCCAGCUACAUGCUGCAGCACUUGCCCCGUCUCUACAGCCAGUUUGCGGCGCAUCAAGCCCAGGCCCAGGACCUGGACACGCGGUCAGAGUCGGCCUCGGUCACGGCCUCAGUGUCCGUGCCCGAUCUCUGCGACGAGGAUUCGCUGGGACGUGGCUCGAGCGACACCACCGCCGGCCUCGACUCGGGCAAUAUGCAGGGCAACUGUGACAUCGAUGUGGAGAUCAUCGACUCGAUCAAGUACCGCACGGACGGUGAGAGCAGUCGCUGUUCCAGCAACGAUGAGGCAUCCAUCACACAGAUCGAUUAGUCGGCUGACGUCGGGUGUGG